AUGAGGAACGACCCACCUCAGUCGUCGAAUUCGGUCGACAGAGUUACGACCGAAGAGGAUGACUCCGAGGACGACGAGGAGCGCAGGACGAGAUCUCAAGACAGCGGAGAAGAAAACCCACAAUCGGCGACCCCAGCAUCUGCUGCGACUGCCGCCGUGAAAACGACUCACAACCGGUAUCUAGUUCCGUCUACGGCAAACGAAAACGUCGCUCCAGACGGCUCAGUGCAUCUACCACAGAAAAGAAAAAGUGUAUGCGAUGAACCCGCACCUAAACGCAGUCUCCGACCCAAACCUCAACGCACCUCAGAUGACAGGUCGAGUCUCGUCGAAACCCCUCACGCAAGUUGUUCAGGUUCUCUCAACAGACCCCGAUCGCCCGAAAGCCUUUACCCUCCAGAACCGGAAUCAGCUGUUGCGUUCUCGUCAGCGGCCGAUUCGGCUCCGAAAGUUGUCGUCAAACGAGCUUUCCUCACUCUAAGAGAGAUGCUCGUCAGUCAUAUCGAGCCGUACGGGCUCAAAAUGGGUCGACGACCACAGAAGAAAACGUCCAUGUCACAGCAGCUAGAGGAUAGUAGAAAAUCUUCGAUAGACAUCGAAACCCCGGAUUCGAUACUCGUUGGAUUGAAUAUCAAAGAAAUCCUCAAUAUUCAUUCUUUCAAGAUGCUCCCAAAAAACUACCAACAGAAGCUGUUAUCGUUAUUGCCUCCUGUCGAUCGGAAGAACGACGGAAACAUGGAAACAGCUCUCAAUAAUGAGUUUUUCGCGAGCGCUUGCCAAGAGUGGCGAGAGAGACUUUCUGACGGCGAGCUGACUCCGGAAAAUCAAGUCAAACUCAAGUCCGAGUAUGAAAAGCUGCUCCGAUGCGUCGAUCCCUGGAAAAUGAAGCAUUUCGAAGACUCGUGGGGCAGGUCGCCGUAUGAGAACUCGCUCAUGGAGAGACAACGCUUCCAGAAAAUGCGGGAGCUCCAUGAGAAGAUGCUCGAUUCUAAACGAAAGAAACAAGAAGAGGAUAGAAUUAUCGAAACAGCCACAGCUGCGGCCGCAGCCGCCGCCGCGGCGGCUAAUGCUGCGGCACCUACUAGCACGAUCGCAACAGUCUCUCCCACGGAUUCGGUAUCGAAAGUCCUGACGCUGUCAUCUGUUGCGAAUUCGGCAUCGACAUCGUCUCUAAUUGGAAGGGGUCAGAUUGCAGAUAUUUCCAAAUACGAAGGUCUAUCCAAAACGACCGCGAGACUGAGAUCGAAUUCCUUCUCGAGAGAUUCCAAGGAGACGAAAGCGACGGCGGACUCGAGCCCUGUGCCUUCGGGAGACGGAUCCCCCACGCUACAGACGAGCGCCUCUAGCAGCAAGGCGAAGAGGGAGGCCGAGGAGAAAGCGUUACAAGAUGAGGAGAAUAAAUAUUCGCUCCUUCUGCCACAUCAUCCUUCGUCCCUUCACCGUGUUCUGGCCGAGCACGGUGUACCACUUUCAUCGAGUCAUCGGAAAAAAUGCAAUAAUCUCGUUCCCAUGUCGAUGUGCAUCUCGGCUAAACGAGUCGCCAGCUCAUGUCUCGCACCGGCGAAAUGUUUCCUCAGUUGCCCACUUGUGAUACCCAGGAGAAGCAUCCGAUUCUAUUUUCAUCAAAGUCGACGGUCGGCUCGAUCCGAGCAGGCCUGCCGGGAAAGUCAGCUUCGAUUCGAACAGGAACUCCGAGCCCUGGACGAGCACCUGAAGCGCCUGAGAGCUUACGCGGCGAAACCACAUCAGAAGAUGCUCCCAGUUCCAAAUGAGGUCCAGGAGUUGUUGGAUGAAGUUGUCGGGCUGGUCGAGACCGACCGGAUACACGACUAUAAUUCCUAUGCAACGUCGUCUUAUGCAACGUCUACCAUGGGAACCCCGUCGAGAGAUGGGGGAACCACGAUAGACGAAAAUUUCGGAUCUGAGCUCAUGUUUUCAGUGGCGACCGACGAAGAGCCCCCCACCGAUCUGUCGGAUGAGAGCCGGCCACAGACGGCAUUCGAUAACGACGUUGUGAUGAAUGAAGAGGGCGACGACGAGGACGACAUCAGCGGUCGGAGUAGCCAUCAUCACCAUCAUCAUCAUCAUCAUCAUCAUCAUCGUGAUAACAGACCUGGAGAAAGCGAGGUUUCGCAGGAUCGGGAGAUGCAGAAAAAAGACAACGAGCUCGAGCUGGACGGCGGAAAAAGCUGCGGCGGCGACGUCGUGACAGGAGACCACUCCGAUCAUCGGGUGGACGGGCUCGCCAAUGUUCGAGAGGCGGAUGCCGCAGACGAAGACGACGAUGACGACGACGUGAGCGCCAACAACUCCGAGAACAACGGUGACACCAAUAACGACGCCGACGACGAUAACGAUGACGAUCAGGAAGACGACGAGAUCGAAGUGAAAAUUGAAGCGGCGCUCUCAGAGGACGAUACGCGGGAAGCAACAACUCCGGAAAUGCCGGAAAUGUCAUCAUAUAAAUCGCACGAAACAUCCGGGGAAGCCCGGAGCGGGGAUGACGACGACGGCGUCGUCGAUGAAGUAGAGCAGCGGCUACAACAAUCAAGCGAUUCAACAGCACAAAUUAGAGAGGAAUCAAUUCGAGCCGACUCGGACGGAAGCGAACCCAUCACCGCGAAGCCCGCAACCGAAUGCGACGUCCCUGCGAAGAACGACGACGACGACUCCAACGAUGAGGACGAGGCAAUCGACGCCAAGAGUUCCAGUGGGCUCGAGGAUGAUCUCCGGAAACCAUUCGCUGGCGAUGGCAUCGACAAACCAAACGAGGCGCAUAACGAUGAAUCAGGCAGUGUGAUUUGUGAGAUACUCGACGAAGAUUGUGGCUCCGAUCACUCGGAGCCGGAGCCGAGACCCCCUCCGGCUACGGGUGAAACGCGGGCCUUGGAAGACGCGAACGAGGUGAGUCACUCCGGGACGAACUCGGUCGGAGAAAUCGGGGCCGACCCGGGGAAGACGGCUAGUCCAAAUGACGCAACGAUCGCCCUCUCUGCGGAAGUGAUCGAUGCGGUCGACCCGCGGGAGACUCCUGACGUUCACGAAGCGGAAAAGCCGGAUGCAUUGCCCUUUCUCGCGGACAAGGCGGACCAUCGAGAGACCACACCGGAAUCUGACAAGAUAGGCGCUGCGGAACCCAUAGAAUCGAAGUCGGGAAACUUGCGUUCUCUCCCGGAAGACACGGGCGAACUUCCGGGAGAGAAUCUUUCGCAACUUUUCGCCUCCUCGACCACGCACCGGCUGUCAGCGAUGUCACCGACUCCAACGACAGCGGGGACCUCUGAGACGGUCGGUGAUCCCCAGGCUUGGGGAGAAACGAACCCAUGCAAGUCUUCGCCCCGACCCUCAUCGUCAGAAUCGACUCUUUCCGACGAGGACACCGACAUCGACAGCAGCAGUCUCCAAGCCGCCUUCGAAACAAACGACGGCGACGAAACCGCAUCCGAUUCGACGAUCGAGGAAGUUUCCCCCGCGCCGCCCGACUCGAGAAACGAGGGUUGUGACCUUGGAGCUGCGGCUCCGCCAUCGACGUUGCGUUCGCGGCCCGAAACCGAGCAGAUGAACUCGCAGCAGAAUAAUCAAAGUACAUCUGGAAUUUGCUCAAGCUCAAAAGAUGAAGAUGGGGACAACAACGACGACGACGACGCCGCCGACACGUCUGGUCGGCCGGCUUCUUUCGUGACCGGAGGUCUAGUAGCUCCGCCUCUUCCUCCUCGAUGUAGAGCUCAAGCGAGCGGAUACUCUAAUCGGAGACGCCGCCGCGCCCUCAGCUGCAGAGACCUCCUGAUUGCAGUGGAACAACGCAAGAAAGGCCAACAACGGAACGGAUCUCCAUGCUGUCUCCGAGACGGGAAUCGAGGAGAACACUCAAAAGGUUGCUUUUGCAAACUUCAGCCCAUGCUCCCAUGCCAACGAUGCGGCGCUUUUUGGCACUCCGACUGCAUCGGACCCUCGAGGAUUUGUUCCACAUGUCUCCUCGUGUAA